CGGGAGAGAGCAUCACUGCCACUGAAGCUUUUUUUGGUUAUCUGAGUGAAGCAGAUUGGUCCUCUGAGCAUUCUGAAUCCGAAGAGAAUUACGUUUCUUGAAGCAAGGUAACAGAUUCCUGUUUCUGUACCUGCUACUAUUUUUCGUUCGUGCUUUGGAAUUGAGCAAUUUAGAGUUUUUAGGUUGCGAGUAGGAGGGAAGUGAAAAUGUGGACUCAUGUCUGCUCAUUUAGGAACGAAAUUUCGGCAGAUCGGCGCAUCAUUUGCUGGAUAGCUGAGUAGAUUAGCUUGUCAGGACCGAUUUUGCGACAUAUUUUUAGGGCAAUGUGAACUGAAGUGGAAUAAGAUAGAUAAAGAUGAAGUUCGAGCCUGUAGUGAUAGAAGGAAGCCCAAGGACUGAAUGCUCUGAUAACGCCUACUGCAUUAGCGAGGACAGUGCUGGUGUUUUACCAGAGGAAGAAACCGGAGGUUUGAGAAAUGGUAGCGCGACGAAUCCUUGCUCUGUGGAAUUAGCUGACAGACGAAGUGAGAGUGAUGCUAGUGGAUGCAUGUGGGUACCUGUUGCAGGUACUUCCUACUCCUCGGUUGAAGAAAUAUUCAUGUUAUAUCAGAACUAUGCGGUGGAAAAAGGGUUUGCUGUUAACAAGGAUGGAACUACCAAAAAUAAGAAAGGGGAGAUUGUAUAUUGUAGAUUCUGUUGUCAUAGGGCAAGGAAACCUUCGGAGAAAUUGAAACCAAAACCAAGCCGUAGAGUGAACUGUGGAGCUAGAAUUUAUUGCUCAAAGGGAGGAGAUGGAAGGUGGAAGAUCAGCAAAGUUAAUGAUCAACAUAACCAUGACAUGGCACCUUCUAGGUCAUGGCUUCUUCAGAAACAUAGAAACUCGAGUCUUAGGGUCCAAAGUCUUCAUCAGCUUGAUGAUUCUGUUGACGUGCAUACUAUUGCACAGAAGGGGUAUCGAACUAUGGGGCAGCCGAAUUCUAGGAGGUAUGUGGGAGAAGAAAGGAACUUGUGGCUAGAGGGGAAUGCUAAUGCUAUGUCAAACUUGUUCAAUAGUAUGCAAAAGCAGAGUAAAGAGUUCUUUUACGCUUAUGAUUUGGACUAUGAUGGAAGGUUGAGAAGUGUGUUGUGGGUUGAUGCUAGAAGUAGAGCUGCUUAUGCAGAAUUCGGGGACGUGAUCACAGUUGACACUACAUAUUUUACGAACAAGUAUCAUGUGCCUGUUGUCCCAUUUGUUGGCCUGAACCAUCAUGGUCAUUCCAUUUUACUUGGUUGUGCUCUUAUCAGUGAUGGUGAUACCGAAACUUUUGAAUGGCUCUUUAGAACUUGGUUGGAGUGCAUGGAGUCUCCUCCAACUGGCAUUGUAACUGAUCAAUUUCAAAGCAUUGGAAAGGCAAUCACAAAUGUAUUCCCUAAUGCUAGACAUCGCUGGUGCAUACAGCAUAUUCUGGAAAAGCUCCCGGAAAAGUUUGGCUGCCACAGCCGGUAUGAUGAGUUGUGCGUGGUGAUAAAAAAUUGUGUAUAUCAGUCUUUGAGCAUAGCAGAGUUUCAGGGAUCAUGGAAGAACAUGGUAAACGAGUUUAAGUUGGAAGACAAUGACUGGGUAGAAGAACUGUAUCUAUCUGCUGAAAAAUGGGUUCCAGCUUUUGUGAUUGAUACUUUUUGGUCUGGAUGGCUGUUUUCUCAAAGGAGUGGGAGUAGGAUUUCAUACUUUGAUGAGUCUUUGAACUCAAAUACAUCCUUGAAGCAGUUCUUAGAGCUCUAUCAGGUUGUCUUGAAGGUUAACAUCGAGAAAGAGAUGGCUGCGGAUUAUAGCAGUUGUGUGGUACCCAUUCAAUGUGCUACAAAACUAGCGUUUGAGGAGCAAUUUCAAAAGAUAUACACGAAUUCAAUUUUCAGAUUGGUGCAAGAGCAAUUAACAAAUACAAUAUAUUGUUUCGAGGAGGUUGCAUCAGUUGAGGGGGGUAAGACGACUUAUAUUGUCGAUGAUAGGAUUCGUGUUGGUUAUGGUGGGUUAAAGAAUAAGAAGUUCAGAGUCGUACAUGAUGACGUAAGUGGGGAGGCUUCUUGCAAUUGCCGGAUGUUUGAGUUCGAGGGAAUCUUGUGCGGCCAUAUUUUUCGGGUUUUGCUGAGAAGCGGCGUUGAAGUUAUACGUGACCAGUACAUUAUGAAGAAGUGGAGAAAAGAUAUACGCAGGGGUCUUUCAAACAUUAGAGUGGGUUAUGCAGGGGAAGUUUUCACUCCUGAAAUGGAGAGAUUCGAGAGGUUGGAGAAGAGAUUCAAGGAAUUAGCAAAUGUUGCUUGUGGAGAUGACGAGAAGUAUCGAUAUCUGCUUAAUUCGAUGCAGGAAAUUGAGAAAUGCUUUGCUGGGUGGAAUGAUGGAGCGCUAAAGAGGCAGAGGGUCUAGACCAUAACAAAAAGAAGGGGUUUCCAACUGUGGAGAUGAAAGCUUUAGUAACACCAGAGAAGAACUAAUCAAGCGCUUGCUGGUAACAAAGACAAGUGCUAGUGAAGAUUGCAGAAUGUGUAUGUUUCAAUUGGCCCAUAACAGGAAAUUGUAGAAGAUAAUGAUAGUAAUCAAGUUAGAAGACGCUGAGGUUGAUGUGCAGCAGGAUGGCCACGCUGCUGCCGUGUAACAGUACCUUUCCACGAGUUGCAUUGUUGCUUCAUAUAACACUCUACUGAUAUUACUGGAAUUGUUGCUUCAUAUAACACUCUACUGAUGAAGUAACAUCGUCAUAUUGCUUCAUGUAGCACUGAACUGCUGAAGCCGGCAUGAUCAUGCUUCUUCAUGUAGCACUGUACGGUCGAAGCAACACGAUUAUGAUGCUUCAUAUAGCACUCAACGGCUGAAGCGGCCAUGGUCAUGCUGCUCCAUAUAGCAUUCCACGGCCGAACUGGCAUGGUCAUGCUGCUUCAUGUAACAUUCCACCGCUCGUGGAACAUGAACCUCUCUGUAGCACCAACUGCAAUUUACACAAAAGAGGGCUGGUAAGCAAACACAUGCAGUUCACUGAGGGGAAUGUUCAGAAUCGACUCCCUAAUGUGCAUAGGACAACAUAUUAUUGCUUUGUAUGCUAACAUCAUUUCAGUGAUGAUGAGAUUGAUGAUGGUAGCAUACCUUGAAUGAAUGUUAAGAUUCAAGUUGGCUAACUUGAGGAGUGAUAGCUUAGUUUGAUACAAGUUCUGCAGGAUGUUAAGAUUCAAGUUGGCUAGCUUGAAAAGGGCUUUGAUCGCGGCCCUUGAGCUUUCCAUUGAUGUAAAGAAGUUGCUCGGUGCUAGCUUUGACACUUGGCCAGGAUUUGGUGGUGAACUCACUCGCUUCAUUUGAGAUAUUCAAAUUCGUAUUGAUUUAUCAUAUCUUUGUUGUCCUUCUGGUUUGAGUACCUAGUUGAAUACAUCUGUAAAAUUA